AUGCGCGACAAGCCUGGCGCCGACACUGGGCCGGCGUUAAUACUCCAGAGCCGUGGGGUCGGAGCCGCGCUGCCGCCCCCCGCGCGGGACAUCGACCCCGCAGGGGACAGAGGACUCAAUCCCGCUUUUGCCAAAGCAGAAAUUCGGAUUCCUAUUGAUCUCAGUAGAAGCAGGAUUGGGCCGACAGCUCUGAAAAAUGAAGUAUGCCGGGUGCUAGAGGUUGGUGAAUCUGGUGAGCUUCAGGACAUAGGUGGGCUCUUCUUGUCCCAGUCAGACAGAUGUGAGAUUGCUGUGGUUCUGGGUCCCCUGGUCCGACCUGCGGUGAGGAUAAAUGCAAGUGAAAUUCAGAGAUUUUCAGACUUUCCAUUGUCAAAGAAAACCCUAGAAGGACUUCAGGAAGCUCAGUACCGCAUGGUAACAGAGAUACAGAGGCAAACCAUAGGUUUGGCUUUACAAGGUAAAGAUGUACUUGGAGCUGCGAAGACUGGAUCAGGCAAAACUUUGGCUUUUCUUGUCCCCGCUUUGGAACUCUUGUAUCGCCAUCAGUGGACUUCAGCUGAUGGGUUGGGAGUUUUGAUAAUAUCGCCUACCCGGGAACUGGCAUAUCAAACCUUUAAGGUUCUGCGUAAAGUGGGAAGAAAUCAUGAGUUUUCAGCUGGCCUCAUCAUUGGAGGAAAGGAUCUGAAAGAAGAGUCUGAAAGAAUCCACAAUAUAAAUAUGCUAAUUUGCACUCCAGGACGGCUUCUGCAGCACAUGGAUGAAACAUCGUAUUUCUAUGUGUCUGAUCUGCAAAUGUUGAUUCUUGAUGAAGCUGAUAGAAUUCUAGACAUGGGGUUUGCUGACACAAUGAAUGCAAUCAUAGAAAAUCUACCUAAGAAACGCCAGACCUUGCUUUUUUCCGCAACACAAACAAAAUCAGUGAAGGAUCUUGCACGUCUGAGCCUGAAAGAUCCGGAAUAUGUUUGGGUUCAUGAGAGAGCCAAAUUCAGUACCCCAGCAACUUUGGAUCAGAACUACGUUGUUUGUGAGCUUCAGCAAAAAGUAAACGUGUUAUACUCUUUCCUGAGAAGUCACUUGAAAAAGAAGAGCAUUGUGUUUUUUGCAAGCUGUAAAGAGGUCCAGUAUCUAUUCAGAGUGUUCUGUAAGCUUCAGCCUGGUCUUCCUGUCCUGGCGCUCCAUGGCAAGCAGCAUCAGAUGAAGAGAAUGGAAGUCUACACUUGUUUUGUUCGGAAAAAGGCAGCAGUACUUUUCGCUACAGAUCUUGCAGCUCGUGGCCUGGAUUUUCCAGCAGUGAACUGGGUUGUUCAGUUUGAUUGUCCAGAAGAUGCAAAUACGUACAUCCACAGAGUGGGAAGAACAGCCAGAUACAAAGAAGGUGGUGAAGCUUUGUUAGUAUUGCUUCCCUCAGAAGUAAAAGGGAUGGUGGAACAGCUGGCACAAAGGAAAGUACCUGUCAGUGAAAUCAAAAUUAAUCCUGAAAAACUUACAGAUAUCCAAAAGAGGAUGCAGGCUUUCUUAGCUCAAGAUCAGGAGUUAAAAGACAAAGCUCAAAGGUGUUUUGUAUCCUACUUGCGUUCAGUUUACUUAAUGAAGAAUAAGGAAGUAUUCGAUGUUUUCAAAUUGCCUCUAGCAGAAUAUGCCCUAUCACUUGGUCUUGCAAUGGCACCUCGUGUGAGAUUUCUUCAGAAAGUUCGGAAACAGCUGUGUGCAAAAGAGGCAGCUGAUGGGACGGAUCACUCGAAGGAGACAGAGGAAAAUAAAAAUCCCAUCUCCUCGAUAAACAUUGAAGAAGCGGAGAAAUGUGGAACUAAUUUCAGUGGAAAGGUGUCUGUUAAUGGAACAAAGGAAAAGGAGAGAAGGAAAGAAACUGAGGAAUGUUCUGCUUCCAGUGAAGGUGCUGAGGAGAGUGGUGAGUCUGAGAAUGAAUUGAAAGAGGUGUCUGAGGAGGAGGAAGUUCCUGUACCAAGCAGGGUUCCAAACCCAGACUCGGUGCAGUUCUUUGAAGAUGAUGACGACGAUGACGACGACGAUACUAAGGAUCUUGAUUUGCUGACAGUGAGACGACGGAAUGUUUUUGGUGUGGAAGCUAAAGAUAAUCCAGCACUGAAUGCAUCAAAAUCAAAGAUGAAGAAAAAAACAACUAAAACCCAAGAAGCCAAAAAAAUCGUGAAGAAGAAAUUUAAAGUCAACACAAAAAUAAUCUUUACUGAAGAUGGAGAGUUAGUGCAGCAGUGGCCACCUGUGCAAAAAUCCAGUUUGGCUAAAGCAGAUGAGGAAGAUGAUGCCAGUGGUAUCAACUUAGACAAAGCGAAAGAGAUACUCCGGGAAGAAGACAAAUUUGACAAAGAAGAAUACAGGAAGAAAGUGAAGGAAAAACAUAGGGAGAAAAGGCUAAAAGACAAAGCAGCAAGGAGAGAAGCCAGGAAUAAAAAAGCCCAGGCUGAAGAGGAAACAGUGGCCUUUCUUGCUCACAGUGGAAGUGAAGAAGAGUUUGAUCCCAGUACUCUUCCAGAUCCUGAUAAAUACAAAGAUUCUGAUGAAGAGCAGGAUUCAGAAAGUGAAGACAGCGAUAGUGAACUUGAGGGGACGAGUGGAAGAAAGAAAAGAAGCUACAGCAACAGUGCCGCAGCAGAAGAAAUGCCGCUGAAAAGAAAGAAGACGAAGUUCAGCCAAGAGGAGGACCCCUGUUUGCCAUUAGAUACUGGACUUUCUCUGGCGGAGGACGAAGAGCUUGCACUGCGUCUGCUCAGCAGUCACAGCUAA